AUAAUCACAGUCAUCUAUUGUGAACAGUAAAUAAUUUCAGUAAUAACAACCGGCUGAUACAAAAUUUAUUAUUUUUAUUUUCAAAAUAUUCCCAACUUUAUUACACGUGUAUUAUCUACUUUACUAUACAACACAAUGUCAAUAGAUGAACUUAGUGGGUCAGAACUUGGAACUAAAACCUAUUGGGAUCGCAGCUACAAUGAGGAAAUUGCUAAUUACAAAAAUCAUGGCGACGUCGGAACAAUUUGGUUCGAUGAGGAUUCUCAGUUUCGUGUUAUAAACUGGAUUUUGAAACAGGAAACAAUUUCAAGUGAUGUCAGUAUUAUUGAUAUGGGAUGCGGUAAUGGCAUGCUGUUAAUUGAACUCGCCCGAGAAGGAUUUUCCAAUUUACUCGGAGUGGAUUAUUCAGAAAAUGCUAUUAAAUUAGCCAAACAAAUCGCUAAGGAUCAAGAACUGAAUAUACUUUAUCAAUCCGCGGAUUUGUUGAAUACAAAACUUUGCCAACAGCAAUUGGGCACUUUCUCAAUUGUUCAUGACAAGGGUACGUAUGACGCUAUCAGCUUAUGUCCGGAAAAUCCAAAAGAGAAACGCGAAGCGUAUUUGUCUACAGUGAAUAGCCUAAUGAAUGAAAAUAGCUUAUUUAUUUUAACAUCUUGCAAUUGGACCGAAGAUGAGCUCUUAAUUAGUUUGGCAGAUAAAUUCAUUAAAAAAUGCUGCAUUCCAACACCAACUUUUAAAUUUGGAGGAAAAACAGGUAGCGUUGUUACAUCUAUGGUUUUUACAAAGAAAAUAAUUUAAUAAUAGUUUGAACCCAAAA